CCUCUUGGGAGAAGGGAUGUGGGAGGAGGGGAAGAAACUUCCAGGGAGCUAGAAAGGGGGGGUAGGGAGAAAGAAAUAAAGACACCAGACAGAGGGAGACACACACACACACACACACACACACUCAGACACACAGAAAGAGAGGCCAACAGACAGACACAGACAGAAAGAAAGAGAAAAAGAGAAACAGAGACAGACGAUUCAGAUAGAAAUAGAGAGACAGUUAGUGGGAAGCAGACGAACUCACAGAGUCAGGAGUACAAAAAGGGAGAGAGACAGAAAGGACAGGGAAAGAGAAAUAAACAGAAAAUUAGACACCAAAGAGAUACAGGAAGAAAGACAGACUGAAGAGAGACCUUGAGAAAGCGCAGAGAGAAGCCGGGGCAGUGCGUGCCAGCUGGCGGCAUGGAGGGUCACCUGGCAUGGGAGAUGUAGUGGCUGAGACCUGGGCCGAGCUGAGUGGGCGGAGAGAAGCCGGUGCCUUGACAGGGGUCAGGGGGCAUGGGAGGGGCAGGAAUUCUGCUGCUGCUGCUGCUGCUGGCUGGGGUGGGGGUGGGGGAGGCCUGGAGACCCCCAAAGGGAAAGUGUCCUCUGAGUUGCUUGUGCUCCAAAGACAGUGCCCUGUGCGAGGGCUCCCCGGACCUGCCCGAGAGCUUCUCCCCGACCCUGCUGUCACUCUCACUGGUUAGGACCGGAGUCACCCAGCUGAAGGCGGGCAGCUUCCUGAGGGUACCGUCGCUGCACCUGCUCCUCUUCACAUCCAACUCCUUCUCCGUGAUUGAGGACGAUGCGUUUGCGGGCCUGUCCCACCUGCAGUACCUCUUUAUCGAGGACAAUGAGGUUGGCUCCAUCUCGAAGAACGCUCUCAGAGGACUCCGCUCCCUCACACAUCUAAGCCUGGCCAAUAACCAGCUCGAGACCCUCCCCAGAUUCCUGUUCCGAGGCCUGGAGACCCUGACUCAUGUGGACCUCCGCGGGAACCCGUUCCAGUGUGACUGCCGCGUCCUCUGGCUGCUGCAGUGGAUACCCACCGUGAACGCCAGCGUGGGGACGGGCGCCUGUGCCGGCCCCGCCGCCCUGGCCCACAUGCAGCUCGGCCACCUCGACCCCAAGACGUUCAAGUGCAGAGCCAUAGAGCUGUCCUGGUUCCAGAUGGUCGGAGAGUCAGCGCUGGGCGUAGAGGCUUUCUCCUACCAGGGGGAGCCCCACAUCGUCCUGGCCCAGCCCUUUGCUGGCCGCUGCCUGAUCCUGGCCUGGGACUACAGCCUGCAGCGCUUCCGGCAGGAGGAGGAGCUGUCUGCGCCCUCGGUGGUGUCCUGCAAGCCGCUGGUGCUGGGCCCGCGCCUCUUCGUGCUGGCCGCCCGCCUGUGGGGAGGCUCCCAGCUGUGGGCCCGGCCCGGCCCCGACCUGCGCCUGGCCCCGCUGCAGGCCCUGGCCCCGCGGCAGCUGCUGCGGCCCAAUGAUGCCGAGCUCCUGUGGCUGGACGGGCAGCCCUGCUUCGUGGUGGCCGACGCCUCCAAGGCGGGCAGCACCACACUGCUGUGCCGGGACGGGCCCGGCUUCUACCCGCGCCAGAGCCUGCACGCCUGGCACCGGGACACGGACGCCGAGGCCCUCGAGCUGGACGGCCGGCCCCACCUGCUGCUGGCCUCCGCCUCGCAGCGGCCCGUGCUCUUCCACUGGUUUGGGGGCCGCUUCGAGAGGCGCACGGACAUUCCCGAGGCCGAGGACGUCUACGCCACCCGCCACUUCCAGGCCGGCGGGGACGUGUUCCUGUGCCUGACCCGCUACAUCGGGGACUCUAUGGUCAUGCGCUGGGACGGCUCCAUGUUUCGCCUGCUGCAACAGCUUCCCUCUCGCGGUGCCCACGUCUUCCAGCCACUGCUCAUCGCCAGGGACCAGCUGGCUAUCCUGGGCAGCGACUUCGCCUUCAGCCAGGUCUUCCGCCUUGAGCCUGACAGGGGGCUCCUGGAGCCGCUGCAGGAGCUGGGCCCCCCGGCCUUGGUGGCCCCCCGUGCCUUUGCCCACAUCACCAUGGCCGGCAGACGCUUCCUCUUCGCUGCUUGCUUCAAGGGCCCCACACAGAUCUACCAGCAUCACGAGUUAGACCUCAGUGCCUGAGCCUGGAAGGGACCCUGGACGUGGCUGGCAGGAGGCUGGCAUGAGAAGUCCUGGGUCUCUGGACGCCUCCCUUGCCUGGCUUUCUGGCCCUAUUCAGAGGUGACGGCUGGUCCGAGAUACUGACCACAGACCAAGUUCGAGGCAAGAGCUGCUCCUCCAGUCUUAAGCAACAUCUUGGCUCGGGGCAGAAGACCCCUCCCCCUCCAAGGAUGACUUGGGGGGGCUCAGGCUGGGGUACCGCACACGGAGCCAGUACAGAAACCAUGGGGAGGGGGCUAAUGUGCAGAGCUCCACGCGGUCUGGAAGCGCCCCCCUCAACCCACUCCUACCCCUCCUGUUCCCUAUAAAAGUACUGAGAAGGAGAUAGCUUUCCUUUUCCUUCUGAACUCAAUCCAGCCAAUGGCUUUUAGAGCCCGCCUCCAUGACGUCAUCAGUCGCUGGGCCGCUUUCCCUGCCGGCCUUGCUAACUUCCUUUGCGGCUUGUGCGCACGCCUGCUGCCGAGGCGGAAGCCCAGCGUGUCUUCCCUGUUGCGCGUGCGCAAGGAAUAGGUGGGACAUGGAGAGUUGUUGCGGGGAGGCAGGGAUGCCCGGCCUCGGUCGGUGAAAGGGGCGAGGUCAGAAAGUGUAUGAGCUCAAUAAACGCACUGUG